CCAUUUCCUAUGCCAGCUAACGGGAAGGUUGAGCUUAACAAAUUGAUGGACGCAGUGACAGCUGUUACAGGAGGAGAAGUUAAUGUCAGUGAUAUCAAAUAAUCUGGGAAAAAUGGGGAGAGAGCUUACAGAUAAAGAAUGCUUGGAGCUAGAGAAAUAUCUGCCAGUUGAUGCUGAUGGAAAGGUGUACCUGGAUAGGUUGAUGGAUGGUGUGAAAACCCUUAAGGGAGGGAUCGUUGAUGUCCAUAAACUGGACACGGUUUUGCAAAACAUGGGAAUGAAACUUACAAAAUCGGAAAGUAAAGACUUGAUAAAGAACCUGCCUGUUGAUGGAGGAAUGGUUAAAGUCAAUAACCUAGACAAUGUUCUGGAAAACCUGGGGAUUGAACUCACAGAAAAGGAACAAGAAGAUCUGAUAGAAAAUCUUCCACUUGAUGUUCAUGGGAACGUUGAUCUUGAUAAGUUGAUGGAUGGAGUGAAAGCUCUUACAGGAAGGGAGAUUAAUGUCAGUGAUGUGGAAUAUGUUCUGGAAAACAUGGGGAUAGAGCUCACAGGAAAGGAAUGGUUAAAGCUGCUGAAACAUCUGCCAAUAGAUGCAGAUGGAAAGAUCUAUCAAAAUAGGCUGAUGGAUGGUAUGACGUCUCUCAGAGUUUUGAAGUUUGUCAUCAAAAAGCUUUAACUGUUCCAUCAAGAUUUGUAGCUCUGGCCCAGCAGAGGCACUCAGCAAAUCAUUGUCAGAUGAAAGAACGGGUGAGCCGAGGGCUGUGUCUGACAGUGGCUGCCUAACCUCGGGGGAGGACCUCUGGACGUGGAGGACCUUUGGGAGCAUCACGGCCCAUCUGGAUUCGGACGAACCACCUUCCCAGCGCUCCCUAGCUGCAAGGGGCUAGUGGCUGUGACAGCUCAGGUCAUCGGAAUGGGGAUGAGAGCGCAGGGAAACGAGUGAGGCACUUGCCUUGGCCAAAAACUUUCAGGGAGCACCAAAAACCCAGUAAUCAAAGUAAAUCUCUGCAUCAUCUUAGUAUCCAGGUAAGAGGAAUUGUAUUAAAAGAUUACUUUUCUUGAUUGCUGGAGAGCAUUUGGCGGGGGGGGGGAUCCCUUAAAUGUUCCCCCCAAGGUGAGUGUCUCACUGGCCUCCCCUAGUCCUGGCCCCGGAUAACACCCACCUCAUGGGGCUGUGGAGGGGAUUAAACGAGUUAAUGCCCACGGAGCGCUCAGCAGAGGCGCGGGCGCUGGAAAGGGCUCAAGGCAGCACCUGCCAUCAGGCUUCCUGCGCCGCAGGGGGAAACGACCCCUCGGGUUUCAGUCCUGCAUCGAUCAUACCUUCUAGCUCUUCUGGAUCCAGUGAAAGAAGUAGAAACUCCCCAACUAAAGUGAAGUCGUGUUGGGAAGGAGGAUGGGAAAGGCAAACGCGGACUGGGCAGCCAGCGGCCUUUGCCACAGAGAAACGUUGCCGCUGGGAAACGUUAUCCCCACUCUGCCAGAAGCCUGGAUGCCCAGAGCGUCCGUGGCAGUCCCUCUCCUCUCCGGUGUCCUGCCACCCCAGGCCAGGUCUUCCCCUCUUCACCCUUGGAUCCGGCCGGGACCCCCUAAGGGCUUCUCCGGUUCAGCCUGUUCUGCACACCUUUUAUUCACUCAACAAACGUUUGCUGUGCACCUACUCCAGGCUGGGCACUGGGCUACUGCUGGGAUGAUACAGAGAUAAGCGCUGAUGGAGGUCACCGCUCUCAAUGACCUCAGAUUUCAGUGGCGGAGAUAAAG